AUGGCUACAGUGCGAAUCUGCGUUUGCGGUGACGAGGGAACCGGUAAAUCUAGUCUAAUCACCUCUCUCGUCAAGGGCGUCUUUGUCACAAACAAGAUCCAACCGGUCCUGCCCCAGAUUACCAUACCUCCUACAAUCGGCACACCUGAAAAUGUCACAACGACAACGGUCGUCGACACGUCGGCGCUACCCCAAGAACGUACCAACUUGGCUCGCGAAAUCCGAAAAUCGAACGUUAUCCUCCUCGUAUACUCCGAUCAUUACAGCUACGAACGAGUGGCUCUGUUUUGGCUUCCACACUUUCGCUCCCUCGGUGUAAACGUUCCCGUGGUGUUAUGCGCCAACAAAGCCGAUCUUGCGACGGAUACAACCGAUGCACAAGUGAUUGAGGAAGAAAUGUUACCUGUCAUGGCCGAGUUCAAGGAAAUUGAUUCGUGCAUUCGCUCUAGCGCGCGUCAACACCGGAAUGUCAAUGAAGCCUUCUUCCUCUGCCAGAAAGCUGUGACACAUCCUAUUGCGCCACUAUUCGAUUCCAAGGAGUCAGUGCUUAAACCUGCUGCAGUCGCUGCACUACAACGCAUUUUCUAUCUAUGCGACAAAGACCGAGAUGGUUAUCUGUCCGAUAAGGAAAUUGAGGAUUUUCAAUUGAAGUGCUUUGGGAAACCGCUGAGUGAGGAGGACCUUGUCCAUAUCAAGGAGACAAUUCAAAAAGCCUACCCGGAUGCUGUAGCGCCGGCCGGAAUCACUUCACGGGGUUUUCUCCACUUGAAUAAGCUUUUUGCAGAAAAAGGUCGUCAUGAAACCGUGUGGAUCAUUCUACGGACGUUUCAAUAUACCGAUAAUCUUUCUUUGCAAGAGACAUAUCUUCACCCCAAAUUCGAGGUUCCACCCUUUUCGUCUGCUGAGCUAUCACCAGAAGGUUAUCGAUUCUUUGUCGAUUUAUUCCUCUUGUCAGAUAAAGAUAAUGAUGGAGGUCUCAAUAACUCGGAAUUAGCGUCUUUAUUUGCACCAACACCUGGACUGCCCAGUUCAUGGGCAGACGACUCGUUUCCGUCAUCUACGGUACGGAAUGAAGCAGGCCACGUUACUCUUCAAGGCUGGCUAGCACAGUGGAGUAUGACGACGUUUACUUCUCCAAAAACCACUCUCGAGUACCUUGCUUAUCUCGGAUUUGAGUCAUCGGAUCGCAGCAACCCGUCAACAACAGCAGCUCUCAAGGUUACAAAACCACGCAAGCGACGGCGACGACCAGGGAGAGUCGGUCGUAAUGUGGUUCUUUGCCAUGUUCUAGGAGCUGCCGGUUCAGGCAAGUCAUCGCUUCUCGACGCUUUUCUUUCCCGCGGUUUCAGCAAUACGUACCAUCCUACCAUUCAGCCUCGCACUGCGGUCAAUACCGUGGAGCUUCCCGGUGGGAAACAAUGCUACCUCAUUCUAGACGAGCUCGGUGAGCUGGAACCGGCAUUGUUGGAGAACCAGAGCAAGUUGUUAGAUCAAUGUGACGUGAUUGCAUAUACGUACGACUCUUCAGAUCCAGACUCGUUUGCUUAUAUCACCAAGCUUCGUGCCAAAUAUCCGCACCUUGAGGAAUUACCCAGUAUAUUCCUUGCUCUGAAAGCCGAUUUGGACCGAACCACGCAACGCGCAGAAUUUCAACCUCAUGAAUAUACAGCACGCUUGGGUUUGCCUGCGCCACCUCUGCAUGUGAGUGUCACUUGGAGUUCGAUCCAGGAGGUCUUUGUGCAUAUCGCCGAGGCGGCCAUGGAUCCGAGUACCACGUUCCCACGGACCGAAGAGGAUCUGGAAAGCAAGUGGAUGUCUUGGGGUAUUGCUUUAGGCGCUGUAGUAUGUGCUGGUGCUGCCGCUGUUGCAAUAUGGCAUCGAGUAAACAGCAGCAGCUCCUGAUAUGCUGUUGACUCUGUCGGAACUGCAUAUGAGCAAUCGGAAAUGAUUCCAUGUAUCUCGCACCAUUUACAAUAGAUACCCAAUCCUGUAUGAAUGAAUAAUGG